ACCCACACGAGGAAAGUGUAUUGCUCUAGUGCUUUGCUUUCAUUUCAUCUUCGCUUUCGAUCUGUCACUCUGCUAGUCCAACUGCCAACUUCGUUGUCUCCGAAUUUUUCUCUUAUUUUUAUCUUCAAUUCCUCGUUUUAAUCUAAUCUGUUGCUUACUGUUCUUCUUUCGAUGGGAAUUUCGUCUACUUUCUACUGGUCUCGUUGCAUCUCGCGCAUCAAUUUAGAGGGAGCCGAUCGGUAGACAUUCUCUCUUUUCUUCCGCCGCAUGGAUUCAAGAAUUGAGGAGAUAAUUGAAUCUUGUUAACGCUUCUGGUUUCAGACGUAGUUUGUUCAAUGGCCAUCAGAGGUGUUGAUUUCAAGUGGUAUGAUGGCUUCUUCUUGUCCAUGCUCGCGACUAGUGUAAUCAUUGUUUCCAUCAAUUGGAAGCGUUACCAUCUAUGUACAUACCCUUUGCAUAUAUGGACUGUGGUUGACUAUACAACUGUCUUUGUUUUCCGUCUGUUGAUGUUUCUCGAUAAUGGCCUAGCUGCAGGGAUGGGCUUGGAUCUUGGGUGGCAGCAAAGAUAUGCUCGCUUCUGUGGAAGAAUUGUCGUUCUUUCAGUUCUUUCACUGCUACUUUAUCCAUUCCUUUGGGCUUGGACUGUAAUUGGGACCCUUUGGUUUACUAGUGCAAGAAGCUGUUUGCCUGAGGAAGGUCAGAAAUGGGGUUUCCUUAUUUGGUUGCUUUUCAGCUAUUGUGGUCUCAUUUGCAUUGCCUGCAUCUCUACAGGAAAGUGGUUGGCGAGAAGGCAAGCACACCUGCUACGUGCUCAACAAGGGAUUCCAAUUUCGGAAUAUGGUGUUUUAGUUGACAUGAUUCGGGUACCAGAUUGGGCUUUUGAAGCUGCUGGUCAGGAAAUGAGAGGGAUGGGCCAAGAUACAGCUGCAUACCAUCCAGGACUUUACUUGACUACAACCCAGAGAGAAGCAGUGGAGGCACUUAUUCAGGAACUUCCCAAGUUUAGGCUAAAGACUGUUCCAACUGAUUGCAGCGAAUGUCCUAUUUGCCUUGAAGAGUUCUGUGUAGGUAAUGAGGUUCGUGGGCUCCCGUGUGCUCACAAUUUCCAUGUGGAGUGCAUUGAUGAGUGGCUUCGGUUGAAUGCCAAGUGUCCACGCUGUCGAUGCUCUGUCUUCCCUAACCUUGACCUCAGUGCCCUCUCCAAUCUCCGUGCUGAUUCCGGGAGGACGUCUGCCAGUGUUGUGACCACCACACGCUAUGUGCGAGCUCAGCCUGUUGGCCAGAGUAAUCUGUUGAGGUUGCAGGGUCUGCUCCGACCAAUCCGAUCAGAGAAUGCUCUACCAGGAAAUGAUGUGGAAAAUGCCUUGGAAGGUGCUGAGAAUGGGGCGACUGUAGCUCGAGGUCCCACAAGCACGACUCUCGCACCGGUGAUGGAAUGCUUAGUUGUUGAUCAAUCAACCCAGAUUCAACACUAACCAUCCCCC